AUGUUGCGAAUCAAUGCGCGCGGUGUGGUUAUCACGUCGAUAGUCGCUUUGGUUCUUGUUCUGCUCUUUGUCGCACAAUGGAAGCACGAGGAGAUUAGUGCAUGGCGUGGUCCUCAUGCUGAUGUCUCUUCGCCCGAUACCAACCACCAGGAUACCAAGCUGGACGAGGUCACCGAGUUCAAGGAUGAUGCUGUCCCUUCCGCUGCGCCUGUCGUGCCCGACUUUUCAGCUGGGAAUGCGACCCUGGGUUUCCAAGCAAUCCUCGCACUCUCCCAAGAAACCAAAUGGCGCGUCGAUGGCCUUCACGCCGCAGCAAAAGUCGCCGGCAUCACCGUAACAGUCCCCCAACAACCCAAAUGGAGCGAACCCUUCAUCCAAGCAUUCAAAGACUUUGGUCCCGUAGAAGCCCACGGCGCAGCAAUGGCAUGGCUAGGCCACCUCGACCUCCUCAAAUUCGUCAUCCAAAACAACUGGGGCUCAGCUCUAAUCCUCGAAGACGACAUGGACUGGGACAUUGACGUGCGCAAACAAACACCAGCCAUCGCCAAAGCCGUUCGCGAAUUGACGAAAGCGAAAAAGACGGAUAAGGACCCGUAUGGCAAUAACUGGGAUGUCAUCUGGAUGGGUCAUUGUAGUGAUCCACCGCCCUUCAAGGAUGAAGGCAAGAUUAUUGCUUUUGAGGAUGAUACUACGGCGCCGGUGGACAAGUACCGCGGACUGAAUCCGAGACUUAAGGAUGUGGUUAAGGAUGGGCAACGGAUUGUGCAUUACUCGAUCAAUCCUGUUUGCACGUUUGCGUAUGCGGUAUCCUACCAAGGUGCUCGCAAUCUGCUGGCUCAUGCUUCGCUGGGCAAAGGAGGUGCUUUUGACUUGAUGCUUAUGCAUGCUUGUCAAGACAAGGUGUUGAAGUGUGUUUCUGUUAACCCGGAAGUCUUUGAUCCUUACUUCCCUGCUGAAGGUGGAGCCAGUGAAGUCAGAGCUGGAGAUGCAGGUGUUGACUUUGAUCAUGAAGUUGGCAAGGCCAUGGGUCACACUGACAAUACUCUGAACAGCGCACGUUGCUUUGCUCAGUUUGGCAAGACGUGUUUGGAAUGA